ACACCGCAUGUGUAGACUGCCAAGCUAAGGUUUUAUGAUAAGAACCGUUUUGGACAUUGCCGCACUAUCGGUUGUCCAGUCGCCAUCUUGCGCUCGCUAUACAACAGCUCUGACCAUGAAGUUUUUGAUAAUUGGUUCUCUGCUAAUCGGGCAGACGUUGGGCUUGCUGAAUUUGACUCAGAUCUCCUUCACCAAGCUAUCGAGUUGUGAAGAUAACAACGGCAAUGUACAAACGGGCAUGUUUCGGUACGGCGCGGCCAGAGCAGCUUUCCACGCGAGUAACAGGAUGUUGUACGUCAUAGGGCGUCCAGUGGCCAACAACAGAAAGGACGGAUGUCUUCGGAUCUACAAUGGCUUGAGCAGCAAUACGCCUACUCUCCAACUAAGCAUGCAAUUCGAAAACCCUCUAGACGGAGAACUACUGAGCAUUGCUGUCUGUGACACCAGAGUAGCGUUGUCCUUCGCAGGGGUCAACACUGUAUCCGAGGGUCACGUGCAAUUGUACCAUCCAUUCAGUCUCGGUGACGCCACGCUAAAUGAAAUGACAACCGGGCGCGUGGCUGUCGGCCCUUAUCCCAAACACAUGGCUUUCACUAGUGAUUGUGAAAAGCUAGUGGUGGCGAACGAGGGUAUUCCGGGUGUAAUUAACGACGUUCUAGUGGAUCCGGAUGGUGAGGUUUCCAUCGUUACUCGUGACGUAGGCGGAUUAACCACCGCAAAGGAGAUCCCAUUCACAAUCGUAAACGGAGCCAACACCAACACUUACAUAAACAGGGGCGUGCGAUACGUAUACCAAGGCGAACAAGGCUUUCCAAAUACUUUCUCUAACGACUUGGAGCCAGAGUUUGUAGCCAUAAGUUCGGACGACAGUAAAGCGUUUGUGGUGCUCCAGGAGAACAACGCCAUGGCAGUAAUCGACCUAGAAACGAACGAUGGAGCGUUGGUGGACAUAUACUCCUUUGGAGAGAGAGAUUGGCGAAAUUUCCAACUGGAUGCAUCGGACACGGACAAGGCGGCCAAUCACGGAUUCUACGACCUGUACAGUUUCCCCCAGCCACGGGUCAUGUUGGCUACCCAGCUGAACGGUCAAGAUUUUGUCAUCACCGCCAACACCGGAGCCCGUAAAUCAUUCAACCACGGCACAGCGGGCAGUUUCACCGAGGGCACGAGGCUGAGCACAUUAUGGAGAGACAAUGAUAUCAACAGAUUGAUGUUUUCUAAUGAGAUGGCUGCUGCUAUCCAAGACAACAAUAAGAUAGGGAGGCUGUAUGCUAGUGAAAAUGACGGCAAGGGUAAUACUGGCCUCAUCGAGAAGCUCUACUUCUACGGCACACGUGAUCUGGGUAUGUUCAUCGUGAACUCUACUGGGAUAGUACGACAGUUCACCACUGGAGAUGAGAUGGAGAGAAGCGCAGUCCAGUAUUACGGCCCCGUGUUCAACGGUGACACCACAAAUGGCAACCUACAGCCCAUCGCCGAGAUGGACACCCGUUCGGAUGACAUGGGUCCUGAGCCGAGAGCCUUAGCUGGCGGCCUAUUUGGCAACUCCGAUUUCCCGUUCGUAAUCGCCGGCACCCGGAAUGGCAUUUUAUAUACAUACACCUUGCGGACCGGAAAUCCUGCAUUAGAGAGUUUGUACCGAGCUGGGAAUAUGGAAGGCACUUGGAACAGUCUGUACAUUAACGACCAAACGGGCGAUAACGUAAUCAACGACAUGGGAACUAUCGAGAAAAAUAUCCUGACAACCAACCCUUUUAUCUACGUCGUAUCAGAGGCAUCCGGGUCAUUUUCUAUCUAUGAAGUUAAGGAAGUUUAAAAAGGACAUCGGCAUCAUUUCAAAUAAAAACUGUGAAAUUGUGCGAAAAUGACAAGUGUAAAUUAAAGAUGUUUUAAAAAGAA